UCCUCUGCUUCACCGUUCCGUAGUUUCACCGUCCAACUCCGACGGUUGCCGCCGUGGCCGUUCGCCUCUGCUCGACGCCCAAAACCCUCGUCCCCAUCUUUCCCCAGGUGACCUCGCGCUCCCUCUUCCUCCGCUCCACUCAAUUCGUCCACGGGUUCUUCUCGGAACAUGAAGCUUAUGGCAGCGCCAAGCCGCUGCCGCCGGAUGCUUUCCCCGCUGGCUUCAUAUUUUGGCAUUUUGCUAUUGCUAGAAGCAUUGCUACAAUCUGCAGUUGAUUGCAUUCCUUUAAUUCCGCGUUCACAACAUCUUGGAACAAACAACCGGAUAAUAUUAUUGUGUCAGACGAAAGGAUGACGAGCCAAAGUGAUUCCCCAGACAUGAUCUUUCCGGUUUAUACACCUAGAAAAAGAAAAUUUGAGGACUCUGUUCAGCACAGUGAAUCUAGCAAUACUGUUUCUCAUGGAUCUGGGUUAGUGGCUAGUGCCAAACAUAGUCAUAGAAGUGAAGAAUCAUCCCAUCUUGGGCCUGCCCAGCCAAAAAGAAGUGAAGAAUCAUUUAUAAAAAGUCUAGUUGGGUUUAGCUCUAUUUUGAAUAACUCACAGGGUUUUGGCCUUCAAGAUAUUCCAUCAGAAACUACAGAAUUGAGUGGCAUUAGAUAUACUACUAGUCAACACCGACCAAAUGAAACCAUAUUGCACACUAUUUCGACAGAUAAUGGCACAACAAAAUGUCAGGAUCCUAUCCAAUCAUUCUCUCUAGUAAUGGAGUGUACAAAUCAUACAAUAUCAAGCAAACCUAUGCAUCCUCAUAUCACUUUUCAACUAAUGCACACUAAAAUAGAAUCUGGCAAUAGUUAUGCUAAGUGUGCCGAUUCAACAUAUCAGAGCCAGAAAGCAGUGACUCAGAAUCUACUUUUGAACUGUGAAAAGGGUGAUCAGAGUUUUGUAGCUAUGGAUCACCCUUCUCUGAGUCCCCAUGAUAAAACUCAACAGAAAGAGGGGAUACCAAGCUAUGAAGCUAUAAAACAUGAUGUACAAGAUUCUACAAAAGCAAUUGAUAUUCCUGGUACACUGUCUCCUCAUUCUUUGGAUGAUGAAAUCACUUCAGUUGUCGGCCAGUUAUCUCCUUCUGUUUAUGAAAGCCUCUGGGAUGGCACAAUCCAGUUGAGUAGAACUGUCAAGGUGUCCGUGAUUGCCUUCUUCAAAAGCGGAGAAAAAAAUCAUGACAUUACUUGGCCAAAAGUAAUAGAAAUCAAAGGAAAAGUAAAACUGGAUGCGUUUGAAAAGUUUAUCCAGGAACUCCGUCGAUGUCAAACCCGGGCUUUGAUGGUAAUUUCUCUUUGCUGGAAGUUUGGGACAUCAAAAGCUGGCUUACGGGGAAUGAAGGAGGUUGCAGAGAACUUUGAAGUGAGCCAAAAAGUUGGUUUUGCAGAUAUCUGUGAUGGUUUCAGUCUCUACGUCUGCCCCAGAAGUGAUGCUGUAAUUACAAUCCUAGCGAAAUAUGGUUUCUUUAAAGGCAUGUCUGCAUUUGAUACAAACCAAGACACGUUGAUAGGUUGUAUUGUAUGGCGCCGAAAUCCACUGUCAAAAAUUAUGGACCAUAACAGGUCUGAAACUAUUGGAAAGGGAUCUCCAUGUGCUCUUCAUGUUGAGUCAAGGCCUCUAGCUUCGUUGCCAUUUUCAGAGGGAUAUGAGGCAACAUCAUGCUCUACCAAUCCUGGCAUGGACUCUAGUAGAAAUGCAAGCAAGAUUCAGAAUGAUAUUGAUCACACACAAGAAAAUCGUGUCAAAAAGCUUGCUGUGGCAACUGGUUUGCCAUCCCAGUGUGGGCAUGCUGAGAAUACUGGUGAAAGAGUUCAUCAUAUAGAAACAUUGUCACAGGUUCCUCCAUUUGAAACGACAUUACAUGAAUUCCCAGAAAUUCAGAAAAAUGUUCAGCACAUCACAGAUUCUCGUUCUGGAUAUUUUGGAGUGGGGCAUCCUAUUUCACAUUCUCAAGAAAUAACAAAUUUCAAUCCUGUAUUUCAACCUGAUAAAGCUGGUGUUAAGGGCUUGUCUCUGAAAUUCUUGGAUGUUCAGCAAAGAACUAUUCACUAUGAUUUAGCUGCACAAAAGAGUUAUAUGGUGGAGGCCUUCUCAGGCAGCUUAACGCGACAAGAAUAUGCACCAGAUGCUGCUGAGUCUUCAAAACAACAUGAUAACAAUCCAUUUUUGCUGCAUCCUAAUACUUGUGGUUCUGAUACAACUAAUGAUACGGAUGAUCUUCCAGAAUUUGACUUCGCUAAUCUCCAUAAAGUUGAGGUGAAAUAUGAUGUGCAUCCACUUAACAUGGAAACUGCAAUAACUUCCGAGGUGCUGAUUCGCCCUAAGUUGUCUGAUAGUAAGUCAAGCAGACCAUUACAGCAAUCAUCACAACCAUCGUUUCAAGUUGAAGGCAUCAAGAAUCACGACAAUGUUGAGGUGAAUGUCACACACAUAAUGUCAAGGGGGAUAAUGAAUCAAGUGUCUCGUUGUGAGACAGAAAACUUCAACAAUAGAGAUGGUAUUGAUGCUGAAGACAUGGUAGACCGUAACUUCCAGGGGUCAGAUAAUGAGAAACCACAUCAAAGCAAUUCAACUAAACAAUCAUCGCCAUCUUUGAAGACCUUCACAGGGUCUAGAGUACCAUCACAUGUGUUUCCUCUGGUUCCUGAGAGAUCUAAUAAUCCACUUGAAAGAGAAGACAUUUCUUCUGGUCAUCAUCCAGAUAUGCCACCUGGAUGUUUGAACAUACCGAGAGAUCAAGGCUCCUUUACUCAGCAUCAUCCACCUGUACUAGGGGAUCAACGAUUAGCAGCUCGGCAUCCUGCUGUACUAGCCGAUCAAGCUCCCAUUCCUCGGGUUCCUCCUCCUGUACUGGAAGAUCAAAGCUUUGUUCGGUGUCCUCCUCCUUCAUUACCUGGUGAAGGCUUCAUUCCUUGGCAUCCUCCUGUACCAGCAGAUCAAGGCUUUGUUCCUCUGCGUCCUCCCCCGCUUGCAGAUCAAGGCUCAUUUCCUCGGCGUGCUCCUCCUGCACACUUCCCCCGGCGCCCUUUUCAUGCAAAUCAAGGCGCAUUUCCUCGUCAUCGUCCUCCACAUCCUCGUCUUCCGUUUGCUCCAGGACACAUGAGGCCACCUGGCAAUUUUGCACCCCCCGGGCCCUGGCGUCCAGUUCUGCAUCCAGGGCAAGAACACCGACAGUAUGGUCCUCCUGGAAGAUCAAAUAGUCCUUGUGGCUCUGGCAACGUCCCAGGCCAAGGCCAUCAUCGCCCCAACUUUAGAAACGGACCAGGUUGCAGGCCAGCACACCAAGCUCACAGAUGACACUCUGCAUGCAUGAUUGAUUGCAUAGACUGUCUCCAUUCCCUAUUGCAUUCUGGACAGCUAGAAAAACAUAGAACUUCUCUUCCGUUUGGCUCAAUCUUUUCUGCGAACAGAAAAGUAUUAUGUAUGUUUUAGAUGUUGUUGCUGCCCUGAUGGCAAGUUUACCAAUAAGCUGUAGUGUUGUACAUAGCCAUGUUGGCAGUCUUACUUUGCUGAAUAAUGAAGUUUUGCUGUUAGAAAAAAAAUAUGGAUUUCCUGACUGAUUCAGCUGUGGCCGAAUUUUUAGUACUUUUUCAUCUUUUAAUGUAAAACUUAAACCA